AUGGUAAGUUCUGAACAGUAAAAGAUUUUACAAUAUAUUUUUGAAUUAUUAAUUCUUAUUGUUGUUUUACUGACUCACGACUCAACUUUACUUCCAGUUCUUGACGGAUUAUUGAUCUAGUUUCGCCAAAAUUAUUUGUAUUCCGCAGACUGCAACAAAAGACGUGAAAGAUGAAAUGAAGAUUAAGCUUCAUAUGGACGGUGAUGUUAACGGGUACAAGUUCAAGAUUGAAGGAAAUGGACAAGGAAAGCCUUACGAGUAAGUAAAAAAAGUUAAAUCAUUGAAAGCAGGCUUCAGACCUCAUUGCUUCAAUUUGGUAUGUUCAGAAUAGAUUUCAGUGUACAUUUUUCGUUUUGCUUGUGUGUAAGAGAUUAACCACCAAAAACUUAGUCUCACCUGACCCUAUGUCUUUCAGCCAUAGCACUGCAGACAAAAUAUGCUAUUUUAGUUUCCUAGCCUUUGAUCGUUAUGGCAAUGAAAGAAAAACCUACGAAAGUCUUCAGUAAGGAAGCCUUUUAGACGUUUCUUCCUGACCUUGCCAAGAAAUCGAUAGCUAAAACUUACCUAACCUCGCCAUCUAUUUUUCACAAGAAUUUACGACUAAAAGUUUAAAAUUUGUUUUUCUUCAGUUAAAAAUGCCAGAUCGCAAGGGCUGAGUGAGUUUUGUACGUUUUUCUAAGCCAAGGAGAAUUUACUUGAACAAAAAAAAACCUUUUUUGUCUUUAUAUCUAUUGUUUUUUUUUAUAUUUAGGGUUGAACGACACACCCUGUGAGGUGUGGUCAGAUCAUGAAGUGUCUUGCCAUUACACCCCUCUCUUUCUACAUUAUCAUGUGAUUUCAUCAAUGUUGCUUUUUCCCAAGCAAGCAGUAGGACUUAGUCAGUGUGAAAUACUGAGUUGUAAAAACAAAAAGUCAUAAUUACUCAGGCAAUACAGUGUUUUAGGAUAUAAAUGAAAGCUCACGAUCAUGUACCCAGGGAAACUGAACUUCCCCGGAAUUUAGCGGUUUGAAACAAACCUUGAGUUAUGGCCUUUCAAAAGAGAAAUACUGGCUUACUUGACGUUGAUAAGAACUGGGCAAAAUUGCGGUCCUAUGUGCGUUGCAUAUAAAUUCUACGUUUUCUUACUCAGAUUUGAUUUUUUGUCGUUCAUGUUUUUUUAGGGGGGUACAAACUAUAAAUCUUACAGUUACAAAUGGCGGACCUCUUCCUUUCGCUUACGAUAUUCUGACAGCAGCGUUCGAGUACGGCAACAGGGCAUUUACCCAAUACCCACCAGACAUACCAGACUAUUUCAAACAGACUUUUCCUGAUGGGUAUUCCUGGGAAAGAAUCAUGGAAUUUGAAGACGGCGCCAAAUGUGAAGUUAAAAGCGUCAUCAGGUUAGUAAAAUCUAAAAUCUGAGCGCAGUACUCAGAACUCAGUACUUUAGUCUUUUAAGUCGUUCUAGUCCUCCGCCUUUUCAUCUAGCUUCGAUGUAAUUUUUUGCGGUAUAAAUCGUAGAUUCUACCAGUUGAAACUGUCGUUUUUAGCUUUUCUAUCGCCUUCAUGCUUUGCUAUUACUGGCCAGGAUAGUGUCAUUGUUUUAAAAAUGUUUAAAUUACAAUUGUAAGGCUCUUUUGCAAACUAGCGUUCGUAAAAAGAAAAAAAAAGGGGGGGAAGACAACAAAUUUUUAUCUUUUAUUUAUGUAGUGCAUAAGAUGCUAAGAAUGUUUUUGGUAUCUUCGCAUUGUCGCGUACACUUAAUAGUAAAUCUCGCCCUUCUUUCAUCAGCUUGCCGAAAGCGGGCUGUUUUGAAUAUAAGAUUGUGUUCAAUGGGAUGGGCUUUCCUCCCAAUGGUGCAGUUAUGCAGAAGAAGACUGUGAAAUGGGAGCCAUCCACUGAGAUGAUGUACAUGUGUGGUGGGGAACUGAAGGGUGAUGUUAACAUGGCCCUGUUGCUUGAGGAUGGUAGCCAUCACCGAUGUGACUUCAAAAGCACUUACAAGUAAGUGUUUACGUCUUAAGUGUUCUGGUGAAACUAACGUAAACAAUAGAAAAUGUUUUUUGUGCUUGCAUACUGAUGUACCUCUUGUUUUGCAAAAAGCUGUUAUCAGAAGUGCGAAUUUUUCUUGCUAAAAAUCAAGGGCACCUAAAGACUGAUUGUUUUUUAAUACGUCAGAAGUGACUUAAGUGGAUUUCAUUAUGAUUUAGAAUUCUGUUUGGUUAAUUUGGAGCUGCCGUACAACUAUUAAUCCAGUGUUCAGAUGUCUUAAGGGAACUUUCGGUCAUUUCGAUAUUUCUAAGCAAUAUAUAGUGCUCCUUGGAGUAGUAUAUCUUGCAGUAAACGGCAGUUUGGAGUUGGGUACCCUUCUGAAGACGUCACCUUAAGCAGAAAAAAAAGAUGCCGCAUAUUUGUUUAAGAGAUCGUCCUUAAGCAGUUGAGGAAAUUGAUAAAUAAGACAGUUAGCUAGAUUACUCGAGUUUCCAUCCCCCAAAACUUUUCCAUUUAGUAAGUGCUUAAGGGAUGAUCGCGCGCGCAGCAAAGUCUUGACAUUUCAACUAUAAUUAAAUUCUCUCAGUGCCAAUUAACAAGCCUGCAGCCAAUCAGAGCGCGCAUUCUAUCUUAAGGCGCUUACCAUUUGUCAGAACUGGCUGGCCAGACUAGUCCAAUCCUAAGGAGAAAUGCACUAUUAAUCAGGGCUAUCCAGCCAGAUCAGUGUAUUCCUAAAUGGUAUGCUCGGAUGUGAUGGGCUUUAGUAAAAAUAAGGAAUAACGAAAAAAUUCUAUCAAAAGGCAUCGGAAUUAAGCCGUUAACUUCAGUUGGUAAUUUUAGUAUUCGGCUAAAAUACAUGUUCGCGCAACCCGAUGAAGUACUGUUUUGUGCUGAUCUCAGUUCUUUUCUUUUUUGCAGAGCUAAGAAGCCUGGUAUUCAGUUGCCGAAAUAUCACUACAUAGACCAUCGCAUUGAGAUUUUGGAGCAAAAAGAUAAUUACAACCAGGUUGUGCUGUAUGAGAAGGCUGCUGCUCGAUAUUCUCCGUUUCCAGUUAAGGCCGCCAAAUAAAUAAAAGGCUUAUUAAGGGCGAAGAGAAAAAAAGUCUUUCCGUUUUUAAGGCAUGUGCUCAGAAUAAGUUUUAUUACUUUGCAUUCAAGAAUUCGUUUCUGGAUUUGUUAGAGUAUAGCUGUAGAGUUCAAGUAAAACAAAAUAAUUUUUUUCCCUUUUUUUUUCUUUCUUACUUCUGCAAGAUAUGAUCAUAGAGAUAUAGUUUGUUAAACUCACUUGUGGACAAAUACAAUUUGAAUACUGUAGCUGGGAAUUAAACUUGUUGCAGAAUUCGGGCUUUGUGGAGGUUCAUUUGUUUUGUUUGUUCGGCUUGUUUGAAGGUGUUUUACUGCGGACUUGGAGAGUGACUUUUUUCGUUAAUACUGUCAACAUAUCAGUUAAUUUCUUCCUUUGGUUUUUGGAAUGCAUUGUGGUUGCUUCUAAAAAUCUUGUUUCAAUUCUUUUGAGACAUUUUAGCCCCUUUAAAUAAUCGAUUUUCUAAAUUAUCUGUUACUGGCAGCGGAGAGAUAUUUACCUUCAACCAGCUUCUGCCGUUAGCCAUAAAAAAGCCAAAAUAUACCCUUCUAAAUUCACAGCUGUUUCUCCUACUGAAAGGGAAGACUGAAUGUGAUCUUAUCGUUUUAUAUAUUCCUCCAAAGAUAUCCCAUCUCUCUCGAUGUUCAACUAUCAAAUAACACUACAAUGAUGUUUUUAAUAGAACCUGUACCCUUGACCUAAAAGUAGAUUCUAGCUGUUUAAUACGUUACACUGGAUAUUCAUGAGAUAUUUCCACAUGGUUCAGCACAAACUGUGAGACCAUUUGACUUACGAGGAAUUUUAAAAGUGUAUGUUCCGACCCUUCCGUAGCAAAGGCCCGUCAGCGGGAAAAAUGUAUGGGAGUAUCCAUCGUUAAGGUUCAUUCAGUCGUGAAUAUGCAAUAUGUAAGUAGGUUGAGUAUGACUGAUCCUGCGUUCAAAACUUUCACAAUAUAGUCAAUAUACAAAUGCAAUAACCUUUUUGAAGGAGGCUAAGACGCGUUAACAUUUUUACCCCAGUGAGGUUUUCCAACUGAAGGUCUGGUAGAUAAAACUGAUACCCUGGUUAGUUUAAACGCUGGAUAGUGCUAUGCACUUAAUAAAUCGCUAUCUGGUGGAGAAAUAUUCCAACAGUCCAACAGUCCAAGGGCUCAUUGUUCUGAGUCUAUAUUUACCCUUGCGGUGGAUAAGUAUAUUAGGAAGACCCAAUGCUCGGAUUUAUUCCGUGGCGUAUACUGCCCUACUGUGGGGCGUUUAUCGUGAACUGACUUCUAUACGGUAUAUUAAGAACAGACAUAAACCUAUUUUUGCGGGAAAUACUGUUGAGUAUUGUCAUUCUUGCAGAUGUUUUUUGCUUUGGACCUAGUUGAACUAAAAACUGAAUUCCUGGGUUACCUGAAAAGGAGAGUGCUUUGCAGUCAAGUUAUUAGCGCAGCCAGCGCGAUUGCAAACAACGACGUUAAAAUCAAAGAAAUAAUUUCAAAUUUUUGCCGGACGACAAAGUGGCUUGGCCGCUUGCCGCUUGUGCAUGAGUUUCGCACUAGUAUAUCAACUUGGCAAAAGAAAAAUAUGAGACUGACUGCUCGCAGUAUGGGGCUCGCUCAGUACAUGUUUAAGAGAGCUGAAAUCGUCCCUUUCUUUCCUUGAGGCCAGGGCAGUAAACAGAGGCUCGGACAACCUCGUUCCCAGGGUUCUCUCCUACCUUUGGGGCUCGGAUUGUUGGGAAAUGCCGGACCAACGCAAUGAUAUACAGGGAUUCUAUGAUUGGUCCAUGAGUAAAAAUCGAUCUGAACAAAAUGUCUAAAAUGUUUUUGAAUAUUUGAGAGAUACACCCGGUGCUGAGACUUAGGAGAAAUAGAAAAAAUUAAGUUUCGUUGCAAAUUUCAGACAACUGUAUAUAUUUCACUGAGUUUAUUAAGAUUAUUUCUUUCUCAGGUGUGCACAACGACUUUUGUUAGCACGUGAAAUAACUGUGCGAAGGGCAUUCAGUGCCAAGAAAAACUUCUCGGGGAUAAACGUUGCAUUUCAAUUCCCUCAGUCGACUAAGAUAUUCGGAGUCUUUCUAUUAAAGUCACUACGAUUUUGGGAGGUCGUGUUUUCACAUUACCAAAAUAUUGCCAAUAUUUCAGGUAUAAAAAAAGGUUUCAGCACUAGUUUCCCAAUUCCCGGAUCCCGAUGCUGCGACCCCUGAUCCCAAAAAUAUGCAAAAACCUCGUUACAUCUGUAUCCAUUCUGUUACACCUUGUAGCAAUCGCAUUUUAUUUCUUUAAUUUAUGAGUUAAUGCGACGUUUUUUCCGAAAUUCUCUUCGAAAUCUGAGUGUGAUUUUAUGGAUUUCUUUCAUCCCCCAGUUUCCACUCAGAGGAAAUCGACCUGAAAAUAGCAUCUUUAUCGCCUUCGAUAAAGUGAGCUCUGAAGUGUUACUGUCCCUGAGUCCCGGAUGCCCUGAGAGCCUGCUAGGCGACAACAACAACAAUAAAAAAGUGACCUUUCGGGUCAACAUCACAAACACCUAUAACUCAUGCACCAAUCUUUCGUUGUGGUGUCAAGUAAUGCAACGUUGUGUUUUGGAAUAUCCUAAGGUGAUGAUCUGUCAGUGCUCUAGUUUUCGUUUCUCAUUCAAGAGUCUCGUUGAUCUCGCCUUAAUCGCACGUAAAAAAGAAGCCUCGAUCAAACAAACGUUGCAGGGGCGGAUCCAGGAUUUUUUUUAGGAGGGGUUGCACUCGACUUUUGCUCUACUUCAACACCAGUAAACCACAUCGUUUUUUUUUUUCCAGAAUACCAGUUGUAUUAGAAAACCGCAGGUCAUCUCGGGGGGGGGGGGGCGCACCCCCUGCAUCCCCCCCCUAGAUCCGCCCCUACGUUGCUAUAUUUCCUGCAUGACUCAUGCGAAAAUCCUUGUCAUCCUUGUCUUUCAAUCGGGUCGCGAAAAUCAGCGAGCCACGAGAGCCAUGCGAGCCAUGAGAAGAAAUAUAGUUUUACGAAAUUGUAAAUGCAUGAAAAAUGUUUCCUGCUUAGUUCCGAGGUUUUGCUGAUGGAAUAUUGUUUAGAAUUACGCAGUAUUGAUCGACUUUCACUGAUUAGGGUUAAGUGCUCAGUCUUUACUGACUAGGGUUAAGCACUUGCCUUUAUACGGAUUAUACGGUCAAGCACUGCUUAGGGUUAAGACCCUUUUUAGGGAUUAGGGUUAAGCGCUUUUUCGUUUAUUUUUUUUUUCGCAAUACUUGACUUUGCCCUCAAGGGAAGUUUGGGAAGUGAUGCAUGUGCCGCCGUCAACACAUAAACACGGGGGGUGACAACUCUAACAAGGGCUGUUUCGGGAGAAAAACAAAUUUAUUCCGGGAAUCUGGAGAUUUUGCCGGGAAUCGGGAAACCUGGGAAAUUUUUCGGGAAAUAUGAGAUAUUUUCGGGACAUUGAGCAAAGAUUUGAUAUUACAUGUCAUCAAACAAUAUAUAUGCAGUGAUAUGCACCCAGUGUAUGCGCUGUAUUCUAUGUAUUUUGACACUUGAAAACGGCUGAACUCCCCAUUAUAUGAAAAGACCAAUCAGCAACGUUUCCAACUAAAAUAGCAAGAAGUUCGAGUGCGAUUGACCACGUGGCAAUCGCCAGCGGAUUGAUACAAGAACCGUACCGGUGCAAGGCACAUACUAUCAGUUCACACCAGAUCCCAUCAUUCAUUAGUUCAGGGGUAUUUUUACGCUGCACGUUAACGAGUUUUAAGAGCACAUUCAACUGAUUGCAUACUGGAAAACUUGAAAGAAGUACGUAAGAAGUAUGUACGAAAAAAACGAAACUCAUUCAACCUUGCUAAACACAAAUGAGGCCAUAAAAAGUAGUAUGUCUGUGAAGACUCUUUAAUCAUCCUGAUCUCGUCGGGGUCCUUCCGAUUUUGCUCGAAAAUCCCGAAUCCCGAUCAAUAUGCGUUCGGGAUAGGAAAAUUUCAGAUUUCGACAGUUGUUCUGAAAUUUUCAAAUGAAUUCUUAUGAUAUUUAUACAAUGACACCACACAGAGUAUACUUAGCUGAAAGUGAUAUUCAGAGCAAUUUCAAAAACCGCACAACUUGUACAAAAAUAAAAUUGACUACUGUGACGAUAGGUUUUGCCCUUCCAGCAACGAAUCGGGGAAUUGAGCGUAAAGAGAACUCGGGAGACUUCGGCGUACGAACAACAAGGGGGAAAACUAACUCGCAACUCGCUUGGCAAGCGGGAAAGGAACUCGUCACAAUUCCAAGGUACCGGAUCUGCUACAACUGGAAACAGUACAGGACUCAAGCUUGGACUUCAACAGUUUAAUCUUCCGCUCGUUAACGUAACUUGUACAAUCAAUUAAAUCCGCAAUGUAAAAUCGUACAAGCCUGUAACUCCGGCCCGCAAUGUAAAUCGUACAAGCUUGUAACUCCGGCCCGCAAUGUAAAUCGAAAAACAGGAAUAAUCAGUGCUCUAUUUAUAACAACCGAUCAACCCACUACAACAUCACAAAACAAAAGGAAAGAAGGCUGAAUAAAAUCAGCUGAACAGCGAAAACAAAUCUGGACAAACUCAGUUUAAAACUUCAUAUGCUAAACUAAAUAGCUCAAAUUAAAUGUCAGUCAAGCAACUGAAUUUAGGAAGUUUACAAAGAAAGCUGUGUAAAAUAAUUCGAGUUUCCUUUGCUCAGGAUCCCUCAAAAUGUCAAAACUAAAAACUACGAACGGUUGGUAUUUGAACAGGCGAAAGAUCCAGUUAUUCAAUGACUAAGCUGUAUAAUUAUUCAGAAACAAAUUAUCCUUUUAAAAGUAAACUUUGAAGUAAAAUGUGCAUAAUUUAAGGGAACUAAAACAACUCAAUGCAAAUUCAAUGUAAAUUACGGCUAACACAACUUCAAAGGGAAUAUUUAAAAGCUAGAUAUGAAAUUCGAAUCAAAUAAAGAAUAAAUGGAAAAUCUCUCCUUACACUACUUCUACGCGAAGACACGCCAAUAAAAAUAAGCAGAGAAAGGACAAUUGAUUUAGAGAACAUUUUGGACAGAAUUUGUCCUCUCAGAACACUAGAAAUGGCGUUUCAGAGCACCAAGAUUUCAAAAUUUCGGCUGGGGGAGCAUGCCCCCAGACCCCCCUAGUGGUUGGCCCCUUCACUGCUCGCCUGGUUCAUCGAUGAUUAAAAAACAAAAAAAAAAAAACGAUUUUAUAUACUUAAAAAGUUUGACAGUCUUUCUGUGUUAACAUGAUACCCCCUAAACGAAAAAAUAACUAAGGUUAGAUAAUUAACAAGUUACAUAAUUAACAAGAAGCUACAAAAAAUCUCUAAUCAAGAUUUUAAUUUUACUUGUUAAAACAAUUUUGGGGAGUUAAACAUUUAUGGGAAUUGAUCGAAUGCCACCGAAAAAUUCGGGAGGGUCGACGAAAUUUCCGGGAGGACAUAAAGUUAUUCAUAGGACUGCCCAAACAGCCUUUGUUAGAGUUGUCACCCCCCGUCAACAGACCUUUUUCAUGACCCUACAGUUCAUUUCGUUUUGCAUCGGUAGAAAUAUGUUAUUUUGUCAAGCUAAUAUAUAGAUUUAGCCAGGGCUAAAAGCGAGGCUCCCAUUAGUAAAUUUAUAAUUUAAAUUAAACAAUAAACUUGUAUUCGAAUUCCAUUAGAGAAAAAUAAUUUGCAAACAGCCCAAGAGUGAACCAAAUCUUACAUCGAGUUGAUAGCCUCAUAUGUACACUCAAAAACUGGUAAUCAUCUUUUAUCACAUUUAAGAGCCGUAAUGGCUAUUGAUCACCGUAGAUCAAUUAGGCUUAGAAAAAAAACCAGGCCAACGUUUUGGCGUUCGACAAGUUUACUUUGCAAAAUCUUGCCAACAAAUCUGGGUGCCUGUAAACCAACCUUUUAUACCAUGGACAGAAAGCAGUAUUUCACAAUACAAAUUGCUCUUAUUCAAUAUUCAUAAACUGUUAAAAAAAUUUUCCAAAAUCACCUAUACGGCCAUCCGGUUCUCACUUUUGUAGUGCGAGCUGUAGCGAGUGUUUGAAUGAACAUUAACAGAGUUACGCUCCAAGAUAAUAAAGAAUUUAUCAUGUUUAUUUUUUAUUUGAUGGUUUAACGCGCGGCAUUUUGAGAACUCCUGCAAGCGAUGUUCACUGAACGACUGAAAACAAUCGGCAUAGCGAUUAAAAUUGCAAGAGAGACUACUAACAAUCAAUAAAAGAAAUAUAAUUCGGUGAAACAUAAACAGAGACAACAAUUUUCAUUCAGGAAGACAAGUAUUAAAGUGUCCCUAAAUAUCCUGAAUCUUCAAGCUUCAAGCUUAAGUUUGCUGAAGUUUAUGUUUUAAGCCAGCUUCCCGGUGUUUGUUUUUUCAAAGACGAACUCGAGGCAAGAAAAUCGCUCAAAGCUUUCUUUUCCGGCUGGAAUUAUAACUAAAGAUUCUUUGGAACAUUUUCUUUCUAUUUGCGGUGAGAAACUGUCUAAAGGCUUUUUAAAGUUCUGUAAAAUUAUAUCAAACCAGAUACUCGGUGAGAUCGUUGUCUCAAAUCUUACAAACGCGCAUAAACUAAAUUCCCGCAUAAACUACGCUCCACUUCAUUAAAUUAGAUACAAAAAACAAACAUGAAAUACAAUAAUUUCUCUGGCUUACCAUUCGAGAUUCAGCUCCUGAAAGUUAUCAGGUAAAGCCAGUAUCGCUUCAGACUUUGCAAUCCUCUUACGCAUCAAGCAAGGUGAAAACGAAAACGAUGCCAUCCGAAAUCGGAUUUCCGACUUUGACAAGCGACGUUUUCUCAACCAAAAACCCAAUAAACAAACUAGCCAUGAGUAACAGAAGACUCCUGAUAACAGCUGAAUUUCAUUUUGUACAUCCAGUGGAAAAAGACAGUUAAAAACAUCACAAGUUGACACAAAACUCUGUCAGCUUCAGCUGUCAAAGUAAACAAGAUUCAAGAUGCUGCAUAAAUUUUGCGCAUGAACUCACCUGUCAAAUUUUGACCAAUCAGAGCAUAAAAAUUGGACGUAGAGCGUGACCAACGCGUGACCAUUGUGAGAAAAAACAAAAGCAACUGUCUUCCCUGCCUGUAACAGCUGGCUGAAUUUUCACGUCCGAUGUCAGUUUGCAAUCAAAAUUUUAAUUGUGCAGCACAUAAACACAACACAUUUCAUAUGAAUUAAGAAAAAAAAUUGAACUUGAGCCUGCGAUUAUUUGAAAACUAGUUUACUUGUCAGCGGAUAACUUCAAAAAAUACUUGACCUCGACGGGUCGACACCUGAGCCCGCGAUACGGUCAAGUGAUACUGGUCAGCGGUACUCUGUUUUGACAGCUGUCAAUUGAUCAAAACAUUGAUGUCUAAUAUGUGUGCAUUAUCAGUUUUCCUGUGCUCCCAAACUAGUAAAAGUAUGAGAUUGAACGUUGUUCGCGAUCUAGUAAAACAGUUAACUGGUCAGCGGACAGCUUCCAAAUAAAUCACGUCACCUCGAUGAGUUGACACAUGAGCCCGCGAUAUGGUCAUGGGAUACUGGUCAGUGGCUAUCCUGUUUGGACAGCUGUCAAUUGACCAUAUUGUUAAUGUCCUAUAUUAACGAUGUGGACUUGCCAAGACACGCCUGAGACACCCCUCCCUUCCUUUUGAUAGUCUCCCCUACCCCACCCAUACAAUCUGUAGACGCGUACGUACGUACGCUCGGUCAAUCACGUGACAACCAAACGAAAAGAGGUUGACCAUAUUCCAUGGGUAUGGGGCUCUGUCCAACGCGCGCUUCGCGCGCGCGGGAGCCCCGCUAUUAACAUCACGGAAUGUUUCAGUAUCAUUAAACCUUUCGAAGGCUUUGGGUGUAAAAAGACACCCGGGCCCAACGCUAACUCAGUAGUCAGAGUAGUGAAAUUGAGAUUGUCCCUCCCCUCCCCUGGCGUUAGACAAUUGCACUUGUUGCAGUCUUCGGAGGUACACGUAUUUCAAAGAAAAGUUGAGAUUGUCCCAUAUCGUCAUCUCAUAUUUUCUUGGUGUUCUUUACUGCAUGUUUUUUUUUUCUUUCGAUUAAUAUUUAAUACUCUCCAGAGGUACCUUCAUUGAAAAAAAAGUUUAUCACAUACAACUAUCUCAAAUUCUAUUUUAGAUGUUAUUUUAAUAGAUAACAUAAAUUCGUGUAUCCUGGGUGCCACCAGAGGCUUUGCGAGAAAAAAACCUCUGGUAAAAUUCGUGCCCUCUGCGUUACACCCUCAUUUGGCGGUCUUGUUUAAUCACCCGGCCGUUAACUCAUGAUCAUGAGCACGUAUUCUUAAAAAAAGUAAAAUAUCACGUGGUGUGACCCUUCUAAAAUGCCGGGAGCAAUGCAUGAAAGGUCGCUUGUAAGCGUUGAACAUCGCCCAUCGUCUCGUUUAAUUUAAAGCUCAGCACGCCUCUAUUUUACUUAGGUAAUUAAAAUUUACGUGCGUAAUGACGCGCGUAGCCGAAAACGCGUCAGUGGAAAUCAACCUUAUAAACUAAAAUAUAAACAAAUGGAACAAAUGAUAGAAGUGCUGAUUGCAAAAAAAUAUAUAUUUUUCUAAAGUUCGCGAAAAAAGGCUACAAUUUUCUGGAUAAACGUGCCCUGAUAUUCGGAAUCUUUCUACAAACCAAACGGAGGUUGUGUUUUUCACAUUUUUUCACCAAAAAAUUGAGAAAAAGAAUUGUUAAUUGCCUUUCGAGUUAGACUUUCUUGUGGCCUUAUGCAGGUUCUUUAAAAAUUUGCAACGAGUGGCGGAACGUCCAUGAACAGAUUCAAUUUUCAAAUAAACGCUUCCGAUUCAGCUACAAUAUAGGUAAAUAAAAUCUUGACCUGUCUCAGGACUUCAAGAUAUCGCAUAGAUGAUGAACUAGCAGGAUAAGUCUUUCUUUUGCCGCAGAGCAUGUAAUAGACGUUAUGUAAUAGACUACUCAUGCUGCUUUUCUCGGCAGAAAAAGAACAUGCGUAAAGUUGAAAAAAAAAUAGAGCGAAAACAUAUUCUGAGGAGUUGACGAGAUCAAGAGAUCAUAAGUAAUAUUGUAAUACAAUUUGGCUGUGAAGUCGAUAGAUGUCUUUUUUAAAGUUACAUUACCUAGUUAUAAAACAGACUUACGCCUCAACUGUUUGUAACUAACCAACAUUUAAGUAGCACAUGGCUGUAGAUAAGGGCCUUUUGAUCGAACCUUCGUGCCCCCUGUGGAUAAGUAGAUAAAGGGGCGUGGAGACUGGUGGCAUUUGAGACUGGAACAAAGUUAUUUUCAAAAAGUAUAUUAAAGUUUAAGCAGAACAGAACUACUGUUCUAAAAACUAUGUAUCUCUGCGUGUACAAAACCUUUUUUCUUUUUCUUUUUUUCUUUUUUUUUGUUCCAAGCAAGUUUUUUCAGUUCGGGUGUGAAAAUGACUGUUUGCAACCAUAUCAUCGUUACUCUACAUGUAAUUUAACUCAAGCAUACAAGAUGAUACAAGGUCAGCAAGUUUAACCCCUCUUUUUCUCGAUUAAGAGCGGAACGCGCUACAUUACUUGCGCGUGAGACACCCUAGAAGGUAUCCGGUAAUCUAAUACAUUCUCUAGAAGUUAAUUAUAAGUAUAUCUCAAAUUCCUUUUUAGUUAUUGCAAAAACGCAGACAUCACAAAAUUAUGCGUGUCGUCUGCGUUUGUCUGUAGGGAAUCUCCUUUGGCGGUCUUCUAAGUUGUUUAAUCACCCAUUAAUUAACAGAGUAGUCGUACUAAAAAAAAAAUAAAUAAAAUUCCGCGUGGUUUGAACCUACACUAAAAUGUAAGCCAAUGCAAAUACACAUUAAUAGAGGUGUAUGGCAAGCCAAAUGUAGCAAUAUUUAAUUCGUUUAAUUUUAUAUGUAGUUUUGUAUUGUGUGUUCAACUAUGCGUUUAAUAUUCAACUUAUAUUCAACAUUCAACGCGUUAUUCAAUAUUUAAAUUCGCAUUCAACAUUCAACUAUUUAUUUUAUAUUCAAUUCCUUAUUUACCCAUUCAAUUAUCUAUUCAACAAUUUCAACCAUUUAUUCAACAUUCAACUUUAAUUUUUAAAACAUUCAACUAUUCAUUUAACAUUCAACUUUAAUUCAACAUUCAACUAUUCAUUCAACAUUCAACUAUUCAUUCAACAUUCAACUAUUCAUUCAACAUUCAACUAUUCAUUCAACUCUUUUGAGCCCUCACUACUUCUGGUCAGUGACACGGAUCAUUGCUCCUUAAAAACAUGGUGGCGGUGGCGGCUAGAAUGCCAGCUACGGAGAUAGAAGCUUAUGAAGAUGACACAAGGCUGCACUUCGAUGUGGAGUCUGACUUUCCAAGGUUUCUUGACUCGGUUUUACGAAGGACUGACCAGAUUUCCCAGACGAAAGUGGAUGAUGAAAUUGUGGAGCAGCAUAUUGUCGUUGUCGAUCAAACGGUGCGUUUGCUUUGUAUACCCAGGUAUACGCCGAGACAGCAGUUCGAAUAUUAACGCCUAUGACAAAGAAACCUCAGAUAAUCUCUCAUCAGCAUUCAGUGAUGUCGAUCAGCCCUGCAGCAAUGUUUAGCCAGAGCAGCCGUGUCUCCCAUCACAAUUGUAUGGGUAUGACCCAGAGGGCCCCUCUCCUUCGGAAGAAGAUAACAACGUUGUUGUCGAAUCAAUUUCUUUAGAUAAAAGGCAUUCAAUAGAGUGCUAUGUGUUGGAUGCUGUUGACCCUCUAACCCAGUCCACUCAACUGGGUAUCGAUCUUUGUAUUCAAGCCCUAGACCUGGUCAGGGAUAGAAUGGAAUGAUAGUUAGAUCUCCCUGGAACAGAAAAUUACUACCCAGACGUGAGGAGGACAGGCUCCUAUGUAAAAGUGAUCAGGAUGCUUGUGAGGGAAAUUACAACUACACCCCUAAAAAAAAACAAUGUGGGUAGGGAUCGGGCUUUAUUUGACCCCUAGGAAGAUGCUCAUUUUUUGACAAGUCUGAAAAAAGGCAGGUGCAUGUUCAAUUGUUUAAAUUACUACUAAUAAUAUAAUAGGACUUAAAGAUAAUGCUUGUGCAGAGUAUCUGGGGUUUCCACUUUCACCAGCGAGCCCACCAAAGAACAUUUCUCAUGGGAGUCUGAGAAAAUGAAUGUCAAAUUUCACAAAAUUACAUCUUACACUUGAAAUUUUCAGAAUUUUACCCAUGUUUUUACAAUUCUUGUGAAUUCUUAGUAGUAAUUUUCUGUUCCAGGGAGAUCUAACUAUCAUUCCAUUCCAGGUUUAGGGCAUGAAUAUAAAGAUCAAUGCCCAGAUGAGUGGACUGUGCUAGAGGGUCCACAACAUCUAACACAUAGCACUCUAUUGAAUGCCUUUUAUCUAAAGAAAUUGAUUCGACAACAACGUUGUUAUCUUCUUCUGAAGGAAAGGAGCCCUCUGGGUCAUACCCACACAAUAAUAUUGUGGUGGGAGACGGCUGCUCUGGCUAAACAUUGCUGCAGGGCUGAUCGACAUCACUGAACGCUGGUGAGAGAUUAUCUAAGGUUUCUUUGUCAUAGGCGUUAAUAUUCGAACUGCUGUCUCGGCGUAUACCUGGGUAUACGAAGCAAACGCUCCGUUUGAUCGACAACGACAAUAUGCUGCUCCACAAUUUCGUCAUCCACUUUCGUCUGGGAAAUCUGGUCAGUCCUUCGUAAAACCGAGUCAAGAAACCUUGGAAAGUCAGACUCCACAUCGAAGUGCAGCCUUGUGUCAUCUUCAUAAGCUUCUAUUUCCGUAGCUGGCAUUCUAGCCGCCACCGCCACCAUGUUUUUAACAAGCAAUGAUCUGUGUCACUGACCAGAAGUAGUGAGGGCUCAAAAGAGUUGAAUGAAUAGUUGAAUGUUGAAUGAAUAGUUGAAUGUUGAAUUAAAGUUGAAUGUUGAAUGAAUAGUUGAAUGUUUUAAAAAUUAAAGUUGAAUGUUGAAUAAAUGGUUGAAAUUGUUGAAUAGAUAAUUGAAUGGGUAAAUAAGGAAUUGAAUAUAAAAUAAAUAGUUGAAUGUUGAAUGCGAAGUUGAAUAUUGAAUAACGCGUUGAAUGUUGAAUAUAAGUAGAAUAUUAAACGCAUAGUUGAACACAUAAUACAAAACUGCAUAUAAAAUUAAACGAAUUGAAUAUUGCUACAUUUGGCUUGCCAUAGAGGUGCUAACUGUAAAAAAAUCCUACAGUUCGGAGAGAUCACAAAUUUCUGGUUGACCGUUUCAUCUUAUAUUCGUAGUCUUUCUGCAAACUUACGAUUUUCCGGAGUUGUGUUUUUCAAAUUUUCAUGAUGACCAAAAUACUGGGAGGCUACUUGACAAUUGUUAAAAGAAUUAUCUAAAAUUGCGCUUUGGAGAUUGACUAUUUAAGUUAUUAUGAAGUUUUAAAAAACGACUCAGUGGCGUACGUCCGUGAAAAGAUUCAAUUUUCAAAGAAACGCUUCCUUCAGCUACAAUUUGGCGACUAAAAUCUUGACCUGUCUUGACUUUAAGAUAUCACAUGGAUAAUGGGCAAGCAGAAAAAGUCUUUCUUUUGCCACACUGUGUUAUGUAAUAGACUUUAUUUGAUAGACUACCCAUGCUGCUUCUCUCUGCAGAAAGGCAACAUGUCAGGGGUAAAGUUGAAAAAACCGCGAAAACAUAAAAUGAGGACCUUUCGAGAUCGAGAGAUUGUCCUUAGUAAAGAAUUUGGCUGUGAAGAUAGAUGUAGUUUUUGUUUUACUUAUUUCAACUCCUUAUGAAACAAAACACCUCAAUUGCAAUUGUUGCGAUUCUAGCUACUUUACAAACUUAAAAAUAGAAUUGUUUCAAGUGGCGUUUUUAAUUAAAAUAUGAAAUAGACUGAAACUUUCGGCCCCCUGUGGAUAUAUGGCCAAAAAAGGGGGAGGAGACAGCUGACUUUUUAGACUGGAACAAAUUUUUUCAUAUGCAAACCAAAACAGAACAGUCUAACAAUUUGUUUGUUUGAUCGAGAUUUGAUGCCAUAUUGAAGCUUUAGUUUUCUGACCCAGGCCUGCUUCUGACCGAAAUAUUAUUAAUAAAGUAAGGUUCACUCUAUCAAAAAGACAAAUUUUUGACCGCCUGUUUUUUCGUUUACUCUGCUGGUGAAAUGUAUGUAAUUAACAAUAGAAUCAUAUUUAAUCGGUGUUCUCACUAGCCUGCGAGCCGCAGACGUAUUUCCGGUCUUUAAGUCUCUAUGUUCUCACUUUCUGUGAGUAAUCUAUGACCUCCGCCUUCCUGUGUCACCAGGAAAACCACAGGAAUUCAAUUCAGUUGGUUCAUUAUUUUGAAAUGUUAAAACGCUUUAUUUUUAAUUGAACAUGUAUCCUUGACCUUUCUCUUUCGCCUGUGGCAAAUCGUAGAUUUCACCAUAGACUGUGACACCACAGAGGUCCACACAGACUGUAACGACCGUUUGUUUGUUUGACUUAAAAGGAAUUUUAAAAAUGUUUGUGAAUAUCGAUAAGGUUCAGAUAAUCGUAAUACACAGUACAUUUGCUUAAAGAGGCAGACGUGAUAACCUUUCUCAGGCAGUAUCUUACGGCCUUCUAAACAUUCAUGUGAUGAAUAUGUAUCAGUAUAUUUUAAAAAGAAUCGCCAUAAACGUAAUUUGGGGGAUAAAAUACUACCCCCUAACAGUGUACUCCGAAAAUCAUUUUUGUAGUUAAAAACGCUGAAUGUAUUGAUUUGAAGGCAUGCAGGUCUUUGCAUUGGACGUUUGGACUUAAGAAGAUCGAAUUUCUGGGCGCAACACAUGUCUAAACAAUUCGUCAUUUGAAUUCCUUGAGAACAGAGCACUCUUUCCUCCGCAGAGGUUCUCGCUGGGCAUUCAAAUAUAAAUAGCAAUAAUAAUAAUAAUGGAGACUUUUUUUGUGUUUGUAAAUCUCGCUACGUAUAGGCAAUUUACAAAUGCUGCUUGAGAUUGGAUUAUUAGAGUCUGGGCUAUCCCAGUUCCUUAUUUCUACAACAAAAGAUGUAAUAUGCUAUCUCUAAUGGCUAUAUUUGUCAUAAUAAUAAUAAUAAUAAUAAUAAUAAUAAUAAUAAUAAUAAUAAUAAUAACUUGGACUGAGAGCACGGGGCGUACUUGAGCGGAUGCAGAAGUCGGUCAUCUCAAACACUUUGAACAUUGCCAGAGCAUUUAAGAUAAAUGCUUAGUUAGGGCGCUAAGGACUCCAGUUUUUAGGUUUUUUUUUUCUUCCUCUAGAAAUCCACAAACACAAGUUUGCUGAUGUUUUUACUAAGAUUUUUUAGAGUAUUAGAGUUUGAUGUUAUUCUAAAUAGGCUUUUACUGGAGAUAACCAUGUCAUGAUGGCCUUGUUUAGGUAUAUAAGAGAUCGUGAGAGUAUAAAAACUGAAUAAUUUUCUAAACAGGCUUCUAGUAGAGAUAAUUAUAUCAUCAUGUCUUUGCGUAGGUUUUACAGAGUAUAAGAAUUUAAUAAUAUUCUAAAUUGACUUUCUAAGUAGAGAGACUCAUAUCAUUAUGUCUGUUAGGAUUGUAUUAGGUCUCGCACCGACCUGUUUUUACUUCUAAGUAUAGCUUCGCAAGUGGUGUAGGUUACGUCAAGCGCCCUAUACUACUCAUAAUGUGGACAGCAUUCCAAAGUUUUAUACUGCGAGAUAAUAAUAAUAAUAAUAAUAAUAAUAAUAACAAUAAUAAUGAUAAACAGUAAGCGCGUACCUGUUGACGCAAAAUAAGGGAUGGAGUGCCCGCCCCCUCUCCGUGGGCGUUAAACAGCUGUUUCAGGUUCUUUGGAGGUCAAAAGCUGGAGAUAACAGUGAAUCUCAUAUAAUAAUCUUAUAUUUUCUUUGUGUUCUGUACUGGGUUCUGUCUCUCUUUUUUUCUUCGAUUAAUACACUCUCCAGAAGUGCCUAUAUGUUAAAAAAUCUUUAAACUAAAUUAUCACAUAUUACUAUCUCAAAUUCUUUUUUAGUUGUAGUUAAUUAAAUAGCCUUCGGCGAUUUUGUGAAAUCGAUAACAAGGUCUUCCCAAAAGUUGUUUAAUCACCCGUUAACUGAGCAUGUAUACCUAAUAAAACAUAUUUCGUGGUUUGAGCCUAAAACGUGAAAUAAAUAAUAGAAGUGUUUAUUGCAUUUCUAAAGUUCGGAAAGGUUAAAAACGUUUGGAUAAUAACCGUUCCAUGCUCACGUUAAAGCCCUGGGCUUAUAUCAGGUACUACAAGCUCACUCUAUAAAUAGAAAACGGGUGUGAAAAAGCAACACUGAUGUAUGAAGUUCGGAAAAAAGAGCGAAAACAUAAAAUGAGGACCUUUCGAAGAUCGAGAGAUUGUCAUUAGUAAUAAUGUGAUAGAAUUUGGCUUUGACAGACUGUAUUUUUUUUCUACUCGUUAUAAAACUAAAAAAAGAGCCUCGAUUGUUGUUUGCGAUUAUAGCCUGACUUUACAAACUUUAAAAUAGCAUUGCUUUAGAGAAAGAAAUGAAGGCCGUCUGCAUCUUUGUAUCCCCUGUGGAUAAGUUGAUAAAGGGCGUGGGAACUGCUGGCAUUUCACACUGGAACAAUUUAAAAAAUAAACACACAAUAUAAUUAAGCCGAAGCAGAACAGAACCGCUCCUGUUCUAAAAUCUAUGUAUCUCUGCAUGUACAAAUUCUAAUUGUUUUUUCGAAGCAAUUUUCAUUAAAAUCGGUUGUGAAAAUGACUGUUUGCUACCAUAUUGUUUCUCAACAAUGAUGCAAUUUAACUGAAGCAUACAAGAUGAUACAAUUGAAAGGUCAGCAAGUUUGACCCCACCCAGUUUUUUUACUCUCAGUGUUGAUGAUAUUCAUGCUGCAUCGGUUUUAGACAUGGUAUGAUAGACAUAUUAUUCUCCGUAUUAUAAAAUGUUAGCUUUGUUUCAAAGACUUUCUGGUUCGUGAUUGGUUGAAGUAAAUUUCGGGUGUGACAUUCAGUUUUAUAGCAGCCCUCUCAAAGCCCAGCUGCCAUUCACUCUGGUUAUUUGGAAGAGAGCAGAUCGAAAACAACAAGAGCUGUAAGGUUUAUAUCUUACUUCAAGUUUAUCAUUAUGGUAAGUUCUAGACAGGAAAAGCCUUUUACAAUGUAUUUUAUUAAUUCUUAUUGUUUGUUUUACUCACGACUCAACUUUACUUCCAAUUCUUGACGGAUCAUUGAUCUAGUUUCGCCAAAAUUAUUUCUAUUCUGCAGACUGCAACAAAAGACGUGAAAGAUGAAAUGAAGAUUAAGCUUCAUAUGGACGGUGACGUUAACGGGUACAAGUUCAAGAUUGAAGGAAAUGGACAAGGAAAGCCUUACGAGUAACUAAAAACUGAGUUAAAUCAUUGUAACCAGGUUUCUGACCACAUUGCUCGAAACUGGUAUGUUUACAUUUUUGGUUUUGCUUAAUUGUGUGUAACAGAUUAACCACCAAAAAUUAGUCUGACCUGUCUUUCAGCUAUAGCACUGUAGACAAAAUAUGCUGUCUUAGCUUCCUAGCCUUUGAUCGUUAUGACAAAGAACUAAAAACCUACGAAAGUCUUAGUAAGAAAACCUUUUAGAAGUUUCUUCCUGACCUUGCCAAGAAAUCGAUAGCUAAAACUUACCUAACCUCGCCAUCUAUUUUUCACCAGAAUCUACGACUAAAAAUUUUGUUUUUCGUCAGUUAAAAAUGCCAGAUCGCAAGGUCUGAGUGAGUUUUGUACGUUUUUCUAAGCCAAGGAGAAUUUACUUGAAAAAAAAAACAACCCUUUUUUGCCUCAACAUUGUUAUUUAGGGUUGAACGACACACCCUGUGAGGUGUGUCAGAUCAUGAAGUGUCUUGCCAUUACACCCCUCCCUUUCUACAUUAUCGUGUGAUUUCGGCCAUGUUGCUUUUUCCCAAGCAAGCGGUAGGACGGACUCAGUAUGAAAUACUGGGUCAUUUAUACAGUGUUUUAGGAUAUAUAUGAAAAAAACAAGAAAAGUCAUUUACUUGAGUUAUGGCCUUUCAGACAACUGGUUUACAGUGUUUUAGGCUUUAUACUAUUAUAUAGGUUUUGAAAGACCCCCUCACGAUCAUGUAACUUUGUAUGGGGAAACAUGAAAACUGUUCCGCAGGAAUUUAAAAGUUUUUGGUUUCCAAAAAACCUUGAGCAAAAUGGCCAAAUAAAUGGUUUCAGAAAAUAAAAAGAGAAAUACUGGUUUACUUGACGUUGAUGCUAAAGAGAAAAGAACUGGGCAAAAUUACGGUCCGGAAAUUGUAUAAGUUUGUUCUGUUGUUGUGCGGCCAGGUAGACCAUAUGAAUCCGCGACGAAUACUUUGUGCGUUGCAUAUAAAUUCUACGUUUUCUUACUCAGAUUUGAUUUGUCGUUCAUGUUUUUUUUAGGGGAGUACAAACUAUAAAUCUUACAGUUACAAAUGGCGGACCUCUUCCUUUCGCUUACGAUAUUCUGACAGCAGCGUUCCAGUACGGCAACAGGGUAUUUACCCAAUACCCACAAGACAUACCAGACUAUUUCAAGCAGACUUUUCCUGAUGGGUAUUCCUGGGAAAGAACCAUGGAAUUUGAAGACGGCGCCAAAUGUGAAGUUAAAAGCGUCAUCAGGUUAGUAAAAUCUAAAACCUGAGCGCAGUACUCAGGACUCAGUACUUUAGUCUUUUAAGUCGUUGUAGUCCUCCGCCUUUUUCAUCUAGCUUUGAUAUAAUUUUUUCGCGGUCUAAAUCGUAGAUUCGACCAGUUAAAACUAUCGUUUUUAGCUUUUCUAUCGCCUUCAUGCUUUGCUAUUACUGGCCAGGAUAGUGUCAUUGUUUUAAAAAUGUUUAAACUAGAAUUGUAAGGCUCUUUUGCAAACUAGUGUUCGUAAAAAGAAAAAAAAAGGGAAAAAAAAAUUUUAUCUUUUAUUUAUGUAGUGCAUAAGUUGCUAAGGAUGUUUUUGGUAUCUUCACAUUGUCGUGUACACUUAAUAGUAAAUCUCGCCCUUCUUUCAUCAGCUUGCCGAAAGCGGGCUGUUUUGAAUAUAAGAUUGUGUUCAAUGGGAUGGGCUUUCCUCCCAAUGGUGCUGUUAUGCAGAAGAAGACUGUGAAAUGGGAGCCAUCCACUGAGAUGAUGUACAUGUGUGGUGGGGAGCUGAAGGGUGAUGUUAACAUGGCCCUGUUGCUUGAAGAUGGUAGUCAUCACCGAUGUGACUUCAAAAGCACUUACAAGUAAGUGUUUACGUAUUAAGUGUUCUGAUGAAUCUAACGUAAGCAAUGGAAAACGUUUUUUGUGCUUGCAUACUGAUGUACCUCUUGUUUUGCAAAAAAGAUGUGAUCAAAGUGCGAAUUUUUCUUGCUAAAAAUCAGGGGCACCUAAAGACUGACUGUUUCCCUGAAUACGUCAGAAGUAUCUCAAAUGGAUUUCUUUAUGCUUUAGAAGUCUGUUUGGUUAAUUUGGAGCUGCCGUACAACUAUUAAUCCAGUGUUCAGAUGUCUUAGGGGAACGUUUGGGUCAUUUCGAGAUUUCUAAGCAAUAUUCAGUGCUCCUUGAAGUAGAAUCUUGCAGAAAACGGCAGUUUGGAGUUGGGUACCCUUCUGAAGACGUCACCUUAAGCAGAAAAAAAAAUGAUGCAGCAUAUUUGAAAAUAUCGUCCUCAAGCAGUUGAGGAAAUUGAUAAAUAAGACAGUUAGAUUAGUCAAGUUUCCAUCUCCCAAAACUUUUCCAAUUGGUACGUGCUUAUUAAUAAGGGAUAAUCGCCCACUUUGCAAAAUCUUGUCUGACAUUUCAACUAUAGUUAUAUUCCCUUAGUGCCAAUUAACAAGCCUGCUGCCAAUCAGAGCGCGCAUUCUAUCUUAAGGCGCUUACAAUUUGUCAGAAAUGGCCGGCCAGACUAGUCCAAUCCUAAGGAGAAAUGCACUAUUAAUCAGGGCUAUCCAGCCAGAUCAGUUUAUUCCUAAAUGGUAUGCUCGGAUGUGAUGGGCUUUAGUAGAAAUUUCGAGGAAAGACUAACUGCUCCUGACUUUAAUUUGCAAAGCACCCUUAUUUAGUUACUCUAUAAUAAGGAAUAAGCAACAAAAAUUCUAUCAAGACACCGGAAUAAUAAGCCGUUAACUUGUAAUUUUAGUAUUCGGCUAAGAUACAUGUUCGCGCAACCUGAUGAUGUACUGUUUUGGGCUGAUCUCAGUUCUUUUCUUUUUUGCAGAGCUAAGAAGCCUGGUAUUCAGUUGCCGAAAUAUCACUACAUAGACCAUCGCAUUGAGAUUUUGGAGCAAAAAGAUAAUUACAACCAGGUUGUGCUGUAUGAGAAGGCUGCUGCUCGAUAUUCUCCGUUUCCAGUUAAGGCCGCCAAAUAAAUAAAAGGCUUAAAGGGCGAACAGGAAAAUAGUCUUUCUGUUUUUAAGGCAUGUGCUCGGAAUAAGUUUUGUUACUUUGCAGUCAAGAAUUCGUUUCUGGAUUUUUAGAGUAUAGCUGUAGAGUUCAAGUAAAACAAAAUAAGUUUUUUCCCUUUUUUUUUUCUUUCUUACUUUUGCAAGAUUUCAUCAUAGAGAUAGAGUUUGUUAAACUGAUCACUUGUAAACAAAUACACUAAGAAUACUGUUAGGUAGCUGGGUAUUAAACUUGUUGCAGAAUUCCAGCUUUGUGGAGAUUCAUUUGUUUUGUUAUUUCGGCUUGUUUGAAUGUGUUUUACUGCGGACUUGGAAAGUGACUUUUUUCGUUAAUACUGUCAACAUAUCAGUUAAUUUCUUCCCUUGGUUUUUGGAAUGCAUUGUGGUUGCUUCUGAAAAUCUUGUUUCCAUUCUUUUGAGACAUUUUAGCCGCUUUAAAUAAUCAAUUUUCUAAAAUAUCUGUUACUGGCAGCGGAGAGAUAUUUACCUUCAACCGGCUUCUGCCGUUAGCCAUGAAAGCCAAAAUAUACCCUUAAAAAUUAACAGCCACCGCUUAGAGACCCUCUUUUAGAACAGUGGUUACUGAACGGGAAGGCUGGAUGUCCGUGAUCUUAUCGUUUUCUUAAUUCCUCCAAGGAUAUCCCAUCUCUCUCUCUCUCUGACUAAAACCUGUCAUUAAAAAACACGUUCAACUUACAAGUAACCCUGUAAUGAUGUUUUCAACAGAAACUGUACUCUUGACCUAAAAGCAGAUUCCAGCUGUACGUGUACGUUACACCGGUUACUCAUCAGAUUUUUCAACAUACUUCCGCACAAACCGUACGUGAGACCAUUUGACUUAUGAAUUUUAAAAGUGUGGUUCACUCAUAGCAAAGGCCUGCCAUCGGGAAAAAUGUAUAUUUCUAUGGGAGUAUUCAUCGUAAAGGUUCAUUCAGUCGUGAAUAUACAGAUAAGUAUGUUGAGUAUGAUCCACAAUAUAGGGAAUAUACAAUACAAUAACCUUUUCUGAAGGAGAAGACGUCAUAACGUUUUUACCGGUUUUACAACUUGAGACCUGGCCAUGGUUGUUUAAACGUUGGAUAGAGCUAUCCAUCGGACAAAUCACUAUCCAGCGGAUAAGUAUUAGGACUAGCGAUUGCACUGUACACUGGAUAGAGAUUUAUCCACCUUUUGAACAGCUGGGCUCUGGUUGAUAAAACUGAUAUUACUUUCGACAGUCCAAGCGCUCAUUGUUCCGGUCCAUAUUUUACCCUUGCAGUGGAUAAGUAUGUUAGCCGCGAAAACCCAAUGCUAGGAUUUAUCCUGUGAGGGAUACCGUUCAACUGGGGCCUUUAUCAUGAAUAUAUAUAUACGGUAUUAUUAAGAGCAGACAUAAACCUAUUUUUGCGGGAAAUACCGUUGAGAAUUGUACAUUCUUGUCAGUAAAAAACAGCGAAUAUAGCCGGAUUUGCCGAUUUGAAGUCAAAUUUUUUUUGUUUGUUUUUUGUUUUGCAUUGGACGCUUGAAGAGAAAAACUGAAUUUCUUGAGGAAAAAGGAUUGUUGCGUUUCGAGUAAAACUUUCUUGUCACCUGAAGGUUGUGUACUAGGUUGUUAUGCAGGAAUUGUUGAAAAAUUUGUAACGAGUGGCGGUGCGUCCGUGAACAGAUUCAAUGUUGAAAUAAACGCUUCAUUUAAUAGGUGACUAAAAUAUUGAGCUGUUUUGACUUCAAGAUAUCAUAUGGAUGAUGAGCUAGAAAGAGCGAUGAGGCUUCUUUGCCUAUCCACGUAUUGUAAAAGACUACUCAUGUAAAGGUCAUAAGUGUUAAUUUCUCUUUUAUCUACGUAUACAUAACUAUUAAAAAAAUAAGAACUAUUUGUAAAAUAAGCCACUUUUCAGGAAUUGCGCGACUGUUUUUUGGCUGUAACGAAUAUAAUUUUGAAAUGUAGAUAAUUGUAAGUAUCAUGUAAUACUUUGCCCUUUUUCUAUCCUUCUGUUAUUAAGGUUGUUUGGAAUUUUGUAAGUAGUUUCUUUUUAAUUAGUUCUUUGUUAUUAGCGUAAUAAAUGUCUUGAAGAAAAAAACAUAACAAAAAUACAAACAAACAAACAAAAAAACAUGCAUAAAAGUCAUAAAGUUGGAAAAACCAGAGGAUCUUUUGAGAUCGAGAGUGACUGUCAUUAGUAACGUAAUAGAAUUUGGCUGGAACAUAGAUAUUUUUUUAAACUUAUUUCAACUCUCGACGAAGCAAAAACGCCUCAAGUGUUGUCAUUUUAGCCACUUUACAACCAUCGUUUUAAGUGGCGUUUUUGAUUAAAACAGGAAAUAGACUGAAUCGAAUCUUUCGGCCACCUGUGAGUAAAUGGCAAAAAAGGGGGAGGAGACAGUUUACAUUUCAGACUGGAAGAAAUUUUUUCACGUACAAACCAAAGCAGAACAGAGCUUGUGUAAAAGCGUAUGUAUUUUUGCAUGUAUAAAAUCUAACAAUUCAUUUGUUUUAUCCAGGUUUGAUGCCGCAUUGAAGCUUUUAGUUUUUUGACCCAAAUAUUAAAGUAAGGUUCACUCUAUGAAAAGAACAAAUUUUUGACCUGCUAUUUUUUCGUUUACUCUGCUGGUGAAAUGUAUGUAAUUACAAUAUAAUCAUAUCCUGUAAUCGGUGUUCUCACUGUCCUGUGAGUGAUCUAUGACCUCCGCCUUUCUGUCUCAUUGUUUGAAAACCCGUGGAAUUCAAUUCAGUUGUUUGAAUUUUUGAAAUGUUAAAACACUUUAUUUUAAAUUUAACCCGUGUACUUGACCUGUCUCUUUCACCUGUGGCACCGACAGAGCAAUUGCGCACAUCGUAGAUCGCACCUGUCCAUAGACUGCGACACCACAGAGGUCUACAAAGACUGUAACGACCGUUUGUCUGUUUAUUUUAUUGUAUGUUUUAUCUUUUAUUUCUUAUUUUUUAUAACAUAAUGGAUACAUUUGUACAUAUUGUAUAUAGUUCUCUCGAAUUUCUCACUUGCUUAUACUGUACAUAGUUUUUCUUAAUUUUAAUCAAUUAGUUCAUGAUUUACUCUUUUUUAAUUUAUUUUAGUGUCCCCACUUAGUGGUUAUACACCGCUAUUACAGUUUUGACACUUUGAUAAAGGUAUCAUCAUCAUCAGCAGCAUCACUUUAGAGCAAAAAUGCCUGUGAAUAUCGAAAAGGUUCAGAUAAUAGUAAUACGCAAUACAUUAUAACUUUGCUUGAAGAGGCAGACGUGAUAACAUUUCUCAGGCUUUCUCAGGCCUUCUAAACAUUCAUGUGAUGAAUGUGUAUCAGUAUAUUUUAAAAAGAGUCGCCAAAAUUGUAAUUUGGGGGAUAAAAGACUACUGUAUACUCAGAAACUCAUUUUUACGGUUAGAAACGCCGAAAAUAUUCAUUUGAUUAGGCAUGCACACCGUAAUUUUUAGGGAGUUAUUAUAACUCCAAUAAUAGAGUAAAAAUUUUAGGUACAGGAUAACCCUUUUUUUCGGGUUAUUUUAACUCCUAAUUUAACUCCGAAUUUGGGGUCACUUUUACUUAAGAUAAUUCCGAAAUGGGGUUACCUUUACUCCUUACGUGGGUUGUUUUUACUCCUUUUGGAGUUAAUUAACCUCUGAAAGAGGAGUAAAAAUUUUAGGUACAGGAUAACUCCUUUUUUGGGGUUAUUUUAACUCCUCAAUAUCUGGGGUCAUUUUUGCUCCUGAAAAAGAGUUCUUUAAACUCCUUUUUGGAGUUAAAAUAACUUCACUGUAAGGAGUUAAAUUAGCCCCACUAGAGGAGUUAUUACAACUCCCUGAAAAUUACUGUGCAGGUGUUUGCAUUGUACGUUUAGAUUAAUACACUCUCCAGAAGUGCCUAUAUUUAAAAAAAAAAAUGUUAAAUCCAAAUCAUCUCAUAUUACUAAUCUCAAACUCUUUUUUUAGUUGUAAUUAAAUAGCCGUCGGCGUUUUCUAACGAGGUCUUCUGAUUAACUGAGCACGUAUACGUAAUGAAAAUACCUCGUGGUUUGUCGAGCCUAAACUAAAAUGUAAACUAGUUAAAUAAAUAAUAAGAGUGCUUAUUGCACUGAAAAGAAAUUUCUAAAGUUUAGAAAGGCUAAAAAUUUAUGGAUGACCGUUGCAUGCCCACGUUAAAUCCUUGGGUUUAUGUAUAACUUCUAAGGGGUUUGGGGUGGGGGGCUUAUAUCCGGGGGGUGCAUAUAAGUGGAAUAGAAACAAAAACAUUUCUGAAGGACGCGGUUAGACAUUUAUCGUGCGAUACUCCAAAACACUAGAGUUGAACAGAUGUGUUGGAAACGAGCAGUGGAUACAGGGAGAUAUACUGUACCCAAGACUUCCCGAACACUUUUCUUGCACUCUGUGUGAAACGCUUCGCAACAAAUUUUUUCAUGAUAAAAUCAUUAAAAAAUAUAACUUUUUUAAAGAUUUCGAUGUAAAAUCAAAAAUUUUGUUCCUAUUUAACAAUAUUGAUCCAUUUAUUUGUAAAUCAGUUUGUGCUUUUAUUUUUGUGAUUAUGGAUUGUAGACACUAUCAUGUAAUUUCCAAAGUGACUUAACCAAUUAAUUAACUAUUUACUUUUUUAGAGAAUAGGCAAUGUCAAGUAUGUUAAUAGAUUAUUUUUGUUGUUGUUGUUGUUACUUGACAACGCCUUGAAAUGUCCAGAUUUCCGGUCGUGUAACCUAUAGCCUGCGUAGCAAGCGUUUCCUCGCGAAGUUCGUCUACAAAGCUGAGACAAAAGCAAAAAAAAUGAAUGACCGCUCUAACUUUCGUGCAAUAACUCGAUUGGAAACGCUUACUACGUAGGCUAUGUAACCUACGCUGUGUUUUACUGAUGUAAACUUCACUACAAUCCCAGCAACAGUUUUUUAGAUAACCUAGGACAUAAGAGAUCGAGCUAAUCUAUCCUUAUACGGGAAAAAAGACUUGAUGUUACGACCAGCUCUAUGAUCGACGCUUUCUGUUUGCCGGGUACUGCCCUGGUGCCUUUUGCAUAAGUGUUUGCGGGUCAUCAGCGGGACAGAAAAAAACCUGAAAAAAGCAUUUCUGUUUGCAAACCUUUGUUGCUUUCAUUAACAUCAACGAUCGUAUUCAUUAUAAUUAAUAAGAUGUCACUUAACUGUUAACUUUUCAUUUCUCAGUGAAGUACAAACUUUUUGGCCAAUUAUCAGUUAACUACUGUUAACCCCACUGGCACCCUCGGUUUUCAACAAAGUUCAUCAAAAGUCGUGUGAAACUACACGUGAAAACUGACGCUAAGAGGGUGAAUUUGCUAGUGACACAUACCAGAUGGUAUCCGUCAACCUUAUUUCACUCUCCAGAAAUAGGUAUAUUAAAAGUUUAAAAAUUAUCUCAUAUCUCAAAUAUUGCAAAAAUGCAGACGGCACGAAAUUCUGUCAGGUGUAACAAAUUUGUGCCGUCUCAUUUAUCUCAUUUAGUGGUCUUCUAUAGUUGCAGGCUUAACACACUUAGUGAAUUCAUAUUUAAAAAUUAACGAUUAAUAAAAGAGUUUUUAAAACGUGUUCUGGUUUUGGCAACUUUAAGUGACCCUGCCAUGCGAGUGUGUGUCUAGUGAGUCAUGUACGUCAAAAAUAGGAUUUGACCCAUUACCUACUAAGCUAACAACACAAGAGCCAUUAUGGCUCUUGGCUAACAUUGUCAGAACCAUGCAUGGAUAGUUAUUUCGGUGGAGGGGGGUGGGUGGGAGUGUGCCGUUACAUUUAGGCUAUUACCAAAAUCGAAACCUUUGAAGCAAGUAUCCUCCACUGAUCUAUAUUUUAGUGUCACUGAGUUGAGCUAAAUUAAUUCAAGACCAAUGCAUUCAUAUCUGUAUUAAAAGUUAAGUAACCAUUCAGAACAGACCGAAAAAUCUAUAGAUGCAAUGAUUUGGCAUCACAUGCGUUACACGGUAAAACGUAAGCAAAUAAACUGACGUCAUGUGAUGUCGUCAGCUUGGCUUUGAUCUUAACUUGUUCCCAGUCUCUCGGACGUUUGUACACGGAAAAAUGCAGUUUCUUCAUGGUCAAAAUCGAAAGAAUUUUUUGGAGGACACAUUUUUGAACUUGAGAAAUAUUAAAUACCCAUAUUGAAGGACCUGAAACAGUGAAAAGAAUUUCGUGUCAUACACUUUAACUGAGCACGCAAACUCAGUUAUAAAUACCGCGUGGUUUGAGCCUAGACUGAUCAAUGGCCGUUUUGAAGGACACAUUUUUGAACUUCAGAACUGUUAACUACACAUAUUGAAGGACCAAAAACAGUGAAAAAAUUUCGUGUCAUGUAUACUUUAACUGAGCACUCAAAUUCAAUUUUAAAUACCGCGUGGUUUGAGCCUAGACUGAUCAAUGGCCGUUUUCACGGCAAUAAAGACAGAUUAUCUGUCUGAGACGGAUAAUCCAUCUUCAAAAAGUCCGUCAAAAUUAAUUGUGCAUCCGAAAUUAACACCUUUCCAUUUUCAAAUUAAGACGUCUUAUCUGUCUAACGGUCAAUGUAAACCAAUGAUCAUGAAAUAAUUUAGAAGUGCUAACAUUUCAACUAAAAGAAAUUUCUUAAGUUCAGAAAGGUAUACAAAUUUUUGGAUAACUUUUCCAUGAUAUUCGGCCGGUCUUUCUACAAAUUUACUUACGAUUUUCGGGGACUGUGUUUUUCACAUUUUUCCACCAAAAUAUUGGGAUUACAGUCGACUCCCGAUAAUCCAAACACUCUAGGGAAAUUCUAAAACACAAAACACUCCUGUUCUAAAUUAAAACACAUGUAUCUCUGCGUGUACAAAAUGUAAUUGUUUGUUCGAGGCAAGUUUUUUUUUCAGUUCAAGUGUGAAAAUGACUGUUUGCAACCAUAUCGUUGCCCUCAAUGCAAUUUAACUAAGGAUACAAGAUGAUACAAGGUCAGCAAGUUAAACCCCCUUUUUUUACUCUCAUUGUUGAUGAUAUUUAUGCGGCGUAGGUUUUACUGAGAUAUGGUACGAUAGUGAUAUUGUUCUGAGCAUAUAUAAUGCUAGCUUUGUUUCCAAGGCUUUUUGGUUCGUGAUUAAUUAAAGUAAAUUUCGGGGUGUGACAUUCAGUUUUAUAGCAGCACGCUCGAAGCUGAGAUCCCAUUCACCCUGGUGAUUUGGAAGAGAGCAGAUCGAAAACAACAAGAGCUGUAAGGUUUAUAUCUUACUUCAAGUCUACCAUAAUGGUAAGUUCUGGACAGGAAAAGGUUUUACAAUGUAUGUUAUUAAUUCUUAUUGUUUGUUUUACUCACGACUCAACUUUACUUCUAGUUCUUGACGGAUCAUUGAUCUAGUUUCGCCAAAAUUAUUUAUAUUCCGCAGGCUACAACAAAAGACGUGAAAGAUGAAAUGAAGAUUAAGCUUCAUAUGGACGGCGACGUUAACGGGUACAAGUUCAAGAUUGAAGGAAAUGGACAAGGAAAGCCUUACGAGUAAGUAAAAACUGAGUUAAAUCAUACUGAAAGCAGGCUUCAGACCUCAAUGCUGGAAACUGGUAUGUUCAGAAGAGAUAUCAGUAUACAUUUUUGGUUUUGCUUGUGUGUAAGAGAUUAAAGGGGCUGUGUAACGGCAGUCCAGUUCAUUUUGUUUCAUUUUGCCAAUUACUCGCCCUCAAUCGCUAUGGAACUUAAAGUAAGCAAAGAAAUUACAUGUAAAUGACAAAAUCAGAGAUCCGAGACAAACAAAUGCCCCUCCUCAGCAUUAUUUUUGAAGUUGCAAGCAGCAGGGGUCAACUUUGAAAAACUGUUAGGCUGAAUAGUUUUCAAAAACCCUAAUUUCAGUCCGUUUCCAUCUUCUUCAGUUUUGCCCAUCCGUGGCAUCUGUUUUUUCUGUUAUGUUAUUUUAAACUUCCUUUAAAGUUUUAAGCGGUUAUUUUUAUGUUUCUCUUAAUUUAACGGGCAUUUUGUAAUUACCUAAUUUGGCUGAAUUUCGUGACACAGCUUAACCACUAAUAUGCCUUGGUUUAUUGUCAAAAUAUCUAAUGUUAUAUGAGAUUGAACGACACACCCUCUGAGUUGUGAUCAGACAGGUAACAAAGUGACUCGACAUUACCCCCCUCCCUUUCUACAUUAUCAUGUGAUUUCAGCCAUGUUGCUUUUUCUCAAGCAAGCAGUAAGACUGACCAGGAGCCCAUCAAAUGGAGUCUCCAUCUCCAUUAAUUUCUUGAGUCAACCCUUUCCCGAGUAGAUUUAUAAAUAGAACGGCUAGUUUCCCGCGAAAAGUGUCAUAUUUCCGUGAGUCUCGUGUGUCACUGUGAAAAAAUAAAAUUGGAUGAAGUCGAACUCAGAAGCCUGUCCUUCGACCGUUUUCCUUUUUUCCUUUUCGUCCAUUUUUACAAUUUUACAGCCGCUUGGAUCUGGGUAUCAUGAAAUAAAAGUUAAUGAAUUACCCGACUGAGACUGAGCAUGAAGCGAUGGGACAAAGGCAGCGAACUGAGGAUCACGGAAAGGUUAUCUUUGCGAGUGUUUCAUUUUUUGCUGUCAUACAUCCCACAUUUAAGCAUGCACCUUGAAAAGAGUCGACGAUUAAGCGUUCUGUGGACGAUUUGGAACUUUUCGAUGAUCAGCGCCAAAAAAGUGCCAGGAUCAUUUGAUUUUUGUCAUCACCGUGGAGUGGAUUUCGCCAGUUAAGAACCGCGUGGAAAAGCAAUGACCUAAGUAGCAACUAACGAGGAAUGCUUCAGCUCCGAAAUUUGAGAAAUUGCAGUCUUCCUUUACAACUGACUUGUAUCACCAUGAGAGUUGCCUGAUACAACUGGCACUUGAAAAGUUGAACAGAAGACAACAGUUGCUCGACCGUGAAGCUAACUCAAAAGUAAUUUGCUAAUGGAGGAAUUUGUGACAUCGCGCUCCAGUCUUAAGACCCACUUAUCUCAAGAAAAACAAAAUGGAUUGUAUCUGCGCCAAAAGAAUUAUGACUGACUAACAGGACAAUUCUCAGCAGUUAAUGUAGAAGUUUAGGCUCAAUUCCUUCCUUCGAAUUCGCAUCUGUAGAUCACUUUUUUGCGAGAAGACAAUGGCUGGACCCGGCGUUACAAAACAUAGCAGGGAAUCAUCACACUAGCUAACGGACAAAACAACCACAAGGACUACAAGUAUUUAUUCAGAUAAACGCAUUUCGGAAAAAAAAAACCUUGAAAACUAGAAAUUUGUGUAAUACUGAGGCAUUUAGCCGAAAUAAGAACCUUAACGCUCAAAGAAAUUGGCUAAAGAAAACGAAUCCUGUCAGAACUACAGACUGCAGGUAGUAGUUAAUCGUUAUGCAUGUAACAGACCAGCUUCAUGGCCUCUAAUGUGAGACAAGCAACCAAAAUUAAGAUUAAAAAAGUCAGAGUUUAAAAUUCUCCACAGUAUAAUCUACCCGCUAGAAAAAAAAAAUAAAGAAAAUCUCUGAGGGAUGAAAACGCUAAAGUCACGUUUCACUAGCUUAUGAUUGUGUUUGGCCUGUCAACAACGAAUUUCCUGCUGUUUGAUGAAGUACAAUAGCAGUGUCAUUUCGUCGUUGUGAUUGGCUCUUCCCACCGUCGGCGCGCGAAGUCUCCCCUGGGAACCGUUCUAAUUAUAAAUCUACUCGGGAAAGGGUUGACUCCAAGGGCUUGUAUGGGAGAUGGAGGCUCCAUUUGAUGGGCUCCUGGACUGACUCAGUGUCAAAUACUGAGUUGUAAAAACAACAAAGUCAUUUACUCAGACAAUACGGUGUUUUAAGAUGUAAAUGACUAGGGAAACUGAACUUGCUUUUAGCGGUUUUGAAACCUUGAGUUAUGGCCUUUCAACAGCGAAAUAAGAUUUUUACUUGACGUUGACCUGGGGGGAUAGGAUGGACAGGAUAGCUAUGCUGAUAUAUUGACACCCUUGUUAAUGAAAUUCAAAAAGGAUAAUCUUUAUUCAAUGUAUUAUAACCUUUAUUUUUCUACUUAUUUAUAUAUUUAUCCAUUCGUUUUAUUAUCCUUUUAACCUCUUUUUCCUUGGUGCUGUAAAUCUCUUUAAUUUCCUUGUUAAAAAUCGUUAACUCUCCGACGUACACUCAAAUUCAUAUCCCCACCGUGGUACGGGGGGGGGGGGUAUACAAGUUGCAUGGAGCCCCUCUCCGGAGUUUUUAACAUGUUUCUAGCAGUAUUUUGAAACGAUUUUACCUUUAGUGAAAAGCGUUUGAUCUUCGUAACAAGAUGAGGUAUAUUUUAGGGGUGGCGCAGGCAGUGAAUGUGUUUAAUGUAUUUCUUUGCUUUUUAAUAAAAUUGUUGUUGUUGUUGCAUAUGAAUUCUCCGUUUUCUUACUCAGCUUCGAUUUGUCGUUCCGUGUUUUUAGGGGAACACUGACAGUAAAUCGUGCCGUCAAAGGGCGGGCGUCUGUAAGGUUUUUCCACUCAGCUUUGGUUUCCUGUUCUUGUUUUUUUUUUUUUUAAGGGGAACACAAACUAUAACUCUUACAGUUACAAAUGGCGGACCUCUUCCUUUCGCUUACGAUAUUCUAACAGCAGCGUUCGAGUACGGCAACAGGGCAUUUACCCAAUACCCACCAGACAUACCAGACUAUUUCAAACAGACUUUUCCUAAUGGGUAUUCCUGGGAAAGAAUCAUGGAAUUCGAAGGCGGCGCUAAAUGUUUAGUUAAAAGCGUCAUCAGGUUAGUAAAAUCUUAAACCUGCAGUACUCAGUACUGAAGUCUUUUAAGUCGUUGUAGUCCUCCGCCUUUUUCAUCGUCGAUAUAAAUUUUUUGGAGUCUAAUCAUAGAUUCCACCAGUUGAAACUAUCGUUUUAGCUAUUCUAUCGCCUUCAUGCUUUGCUAUUACUGACCAGGAAACUGUCAUUGUUUUAGAAAUGGUUAAACUAAAACUGAUGUAAAUCUCUUUUUCAAAAAAGUGUUCGUAAUAAAUAACAAAAAAGAAAAAAAAACGAAAUGUUCAUGUUUUAUGAUGUAGUACAUAAGUGGCUAAGAAUGUCUUUGGUAUCUUCUUUGGUAUCACAUUGUAGCGCUCACUUAAUGAAUAUCUCCCUUCUUUCAUCAGCUUGCCGGAAGCGGGCUGUUUUGAAUAUAAGAUUGACUUCAGUGGGAUGGGCUUUCCUCCCAAUGGUCCAGUUAUGCAGAAGAAGACUGUGAAAUGGGAGCCAUCCACUGAGAUGAUGUACAUGUGUGGUGGGGAACUGAAGGGUGAUGUUAACAUGGCCCUGUUGCUUGAAGAUGGUAGCCAUCAGCGAUGUGACUUCAAAAGUAUCUACAAGUAAGUGCCGUUACUUCUUUUUUAUUGAAUCUAACGUAAGCAAUAGAACACGUUUUUCGUGUUUGCAUAGUGACGUCCCUCUUGUUUUGCAAAAAAGAUGUUAUCAAAGUACGAAUUUUUCUUGCUUCAAAUCAGAGGCACCCAAUGACCGAUGGUUGGUAGUACGUCAGAAGUGCCUCAAAAAGUUUUCUUCAUGCUUUUGAAACUUGUUUGGUUAAUUUGGAGCUGCCGGCGUAAGCUAUUAACAGCAGGCAAAUUGUCUCCGGAGAGCAAGCUUUAAGCUGUGGUGCACGAGGUCUAUGCAAGUACAGAGUAGCGCUCUUGUGCAAAAAUGUAGUUAUACAGUCAUUCUGCAUAUGUGAAGAGUAGAACUAUUUUUGACGCGGUCAGAACCUUAGAAGACGUUAUGGAAUUUUCAAAGAGAUACUGACAGUAUUGACUGAAGAAUGGUUUGUAUAGAUUUCAAAAAGGCUUUUGACACAGUUGGUAGGGACUUUAUAUUUAGAACUUUAUCCGUUUUGGCUUUGGAUCAUCUCUUAUUCAAAGGGUCAACACUUUUUACAAGAAUAUCUCGAGUUGUGUCUUAAACAAUAGCUUUUCAACUUCACCCUUUGCAGUUGAAAGAGGAGUAAGACAGGGAGACCCUCUCUCCGCUUGCCGUUAUUUAUAAUAGCAUUAGAAGAGUGAAGGGGGAAAACCCUAACACAGAUGUUUUUUAUCUAUCCGCUCGGAUGCUCCCUCAUAUCUUAAAGCUUUUCUCUCGGCUCUCCUAACCAAUAAGUAAGGCCUGCAGACUAGGCGAUUGCUGUUAACUUGUAGGCUUAUAAAACCGGAUCUCAAAGGGAGGUAGUCUCCUUCACAGCUGUUUUUAUGGCUGUCACGCAACUCUCCUAGCUGCAGCGAAGGAAACUAAAAGGGAGGAGGAACUUAAUCGUUACACAAACCCAUACCUCGUCGGAGGAGAUUAAUAUAAAGGGUGAUUAUUAUUUGUCAUGUUAAUAAAAUUCGGAAGACGUUAACUUGGUAACUACGAUAUUCUGCUAAAAUACAUGCUCGCGCAACCUGAUGAAGUACAUUUUUGCGUAUUGAUCUCAGCUCUUUUCUUUUUUGCAGAGCUAAGAAGCCUGGUAUUCAGUUGCCGAAAUAUCACUACAUAGACCAUCGCAUUGAGAUUUUGGAGCAAAAAGAUAAUUACAACCAGGUUGUGCUGUAUGAGAAGGCUGCUGCUCGAUAUUCUCCGUUUCCAGUUAAGGCCGCCAAAUAAAUAAAAGGCUUAUUAAGGGCGAAGAGAAAAAAAGUCUUUCUGUGUUUAAGGCAUAUGCUCGGAAUUAGUUUUUGUUGCUUUGGAUUCAGGAGUUCGUUUCUAGAUUUGUUAGAGUAUAGCUGUGGAGUUCAAGUAUAACAAAAUAAGUUUUUUUAGUGUGUGUGUUUUUUUUCGUUUUGUUUUUCUUUCUCAUUUUUCAAGAUUUCAUCAUAGAUAUAGAGUUGUUAAACUCACUUGUAAACAAAUUAAAUACAAUAAGAAUUCUGUAGCUGGGAAUGAACUUGUUUCAGAAUUCGGGCCUUGUGGAGAUUCAUUUGUUUUGUUUGUUUGCUCGUUGGUUUUUUCCUGCGGGCUUGGAGAGUGACUUUUUUCGUUAUUUAAUGUCAGCAUAUCAGUUAUUAAUAAUUUCUUUCCUUGGUUUUUGGUGGAUU